CUCACCCCCAACGUGCACACCGUCUGUGACGGAUAGACUCUGGCAAGUCGCCGUGCAAUAUAUCAUCCCCACGAUGAUGACAACCUAUCCCUGGAGGAGGGCCAUUUCACAAGCCCGGAGCUUUGUUCAGCGAAAUACCCCCAGUAAACCCGAUAAUGCCCCUCAUGUCCACGUAGAGGCCCGAAGGAAUGUCAUCAGUGCACGCGCUGCAGCUGUACAAGGAGCUAGAUCCAAUCCGAAGAUCUCACCAGAAGACGCCACUUCAAUCGCUCUUGGAGUCACUUUCUCUGUCCUCGUCCUCGCGUUAAUCGGCCUAGCCUGUUGGUACUUCCUCAUCCGAAAGCCCAAGAAUCCAAAGGAUGUCGAGGCCCAAACGACAGAGAAACGAAACUGGUGGAUGGUAGGAGAUUCCAAGGGGGAGAAAGGGACACUCUCGGAAUGGUGGAGGAAGAGCUAUGCCGUCCCUGACAGAGUCGAGCCCCCUCCAUCUGCAGGACCGCGCACGUCCCUCCAGCGCCUUCGCUCCGUUCUCACGCGCAAAGGCGCCUUGCGUGGCGUCGGGAAGAAGAACAGUGUAGAUGAAGAACAGCCGCCUGCGACUCCUCAAAUGAAGAAACUCACGAGUCCGACAAUGACAAUCGUCCUGCCAAUGCAGACUGAGGUCAAGCCACGCUACCCCAGCAUACUCGAGCGUGGCUACCGAGUGCCACUGUACCCUAUCCAGUCACUGCCCAACGACAAUGCACCGCCCCGUUCCCUCACAUCACCUGCACCACCCCCUCCCCCACCGCAUCCCAUCACGGUUGCCGAGCGGACCUUGAACACUCGACGAAAAGUCAGCGUUCCCCCUCGUGCACUCAAGAUCUCCAACGGCCGCCCUCUCAUCUCCCUCGCUGAAAGAAAAAUGGGACUGCCUCGAUCGCCCGCUACUCGACGUCGCGGAGCAGGUCAAGCUAUUGGUCAAUUCAAGCACCCUUUCAUCCCUCUCAAAGAUUCCGACACUGAUAUCCCAACCAUUUCUGCGCCGAUGCCAUCGACAGAGAAUGCGGAGACGAACCCAAAGCUGGGUUACGCUUACAGUAUGAGUAGGCCGAGGAACGCGCCUGUUGCUCCCGCCGGUCCUCGUGUCUCUACUCGCUCAUCCCGGGCCACUCGCAGGGUUCCAGUGCCGAUUUUCAUCCAGUCUCCGAAUGUGAGGCCGUUGAUGCCUGCUACCCCGCGUCAUUUGAGAGAGGAAACUAAGGUCUUCCCCCCGGGACAGUCGCCGUCUGUCCCUCGACCUGCCCCCACUCCCAUCUAAAUGUAAUCACAUUUCUGUUGGUAGUAACGUUGAAUGAGAUCCAGCCAGUCCAGCCAAA